AUGUCUCAAGGAAGGAAAGGUUUAAGAAACAAAAAGAACGAAGAAGAUGUGGAAGUGGACGGAGAAACUCAGCAGGCGGAACAAGAGCAGAGUGUAGCUCAAGUUCUACAAGAGACAACAGGAAUAACACAAGAACGAGAGGAAAAUGUCAAUAUGACAGCACUGAUGUCUUUAAUGAUGCAGAUCAACAAAAAACUGGAAGAGAAAGUAUACAUAAAUAGUUUAAAACAUAAAUUAAGAUCAGUGAAUAAUAUUAAUGAUAUAAAAGAUUAUAUUAGAAUGACAUUAAGUGACAAUGCAGCAACCUGGUUUGCCAGCAUUGAAAACGAUUUAGAUAAUCUGCAAACAUUUGAAAAUAAAUUCUUAAAUUAUUAUUGGGGUGAAUUAGAACAAGCUAGAUUUAGGGAAGUUUUAUAUUUUGGAAAGUAUAAUCGCAAUUUAAGUUUAAAUAUGGUAGAUUAUGCUUUAAAAUUAAUAACUGUUGCAAAAUAUUUAGAACCACCACUUAGAGAAGACGAAACAGUUUUGAAUGUUUCUAGACACUUUAAUGUGGACGUUGUGCAAACAGUCACAGUACAAAACAUUCAAACAGUAGACAGUUUUAUUAACUUUAUUCAAAGAGUACAAAGAGGUUAUAUUACAAGUAAUAAUAGUAAAAAUAGACAAUCAUAUAACAAUAAUAGGUAUGGUAGUAAUUCUCAAAAUUUUAAUAACAACAAUAAUACUAGUUAUGAGAGACAAGGUAAUAGAGAGAAUUUUAAUAAUAAUACUAAUGAUAAUAGACAAGAGAGACAAGGUAAUAGAGAGAAUUUUAAUAAUAAUAAUAAUUAUAAUAGGCAAGAUUUUAACACCAGGAGAAAUGCACAAAGAUAUAAUUACAACAGACAGGUAAAUUAUGUAAGGGGUCAGAGCUGCGAAGACAGUCAACGGAAUAGUGCAUGGCAAGAAAAUAUGAAUAGUAGAAGUGAAAGCAGUGAAAGACAUCGAGAAUUAGAUCCAAAUGAUCAGACACAAUCUGACAAUCCUAAUAAUCCAAAUUUUAUGUAG